CGGAUCGGAGCCGGCCCGGACGCAGGCGGCCCAGCCCCACCAGGAGCCGAGGCAAUGGCCUCGAAGCCUGAGAAGCGGGUCGCCUCGUCCGUCUUUAUCACCCUGGCACCCCCACGUCGAGAUGAAGCUGUGGCCGAGGAAGUGAGGCGGGUAGCUUGUGAGGCCCGGCCUGGCCGCCCCUGGGAAUCUCCUGCCCCCACGAAGACACCUGGAGCUGGUUCAGCAGGGAGGCCCAGUCCCUGGACACCCUGUGGCAGGGCUGCAGCCACAGUGCCAGCUGCGCCCCCCCAGCUGUCCAAUGGCGGACGCUCUCUUCCUCCUCCUACCCUGGAUGGCGAGGACGCCCCCGACCUGGACCUCCUCCCUCCUCCGCCGCCCCCACCAGUGUACCUGCCUCCUGAUGACGAGCCCUCUGCCUCGAUGGGGGCACAACUCAUUUCCGACUUAGAGCAGCUACACCUGCCCCCACCCCCACCACCACCACAGUCCCUGGCGGAGGGGCCUCCAUUCCAGCCUGGACCCGGCCGUCUCAGGCCCGCAGAGGAGGAGCUGCCGCCUCCCCCAGAGGAGCCUGUUGGCUUCCCGGAGAGAGAGGCGUCCACAGACAUCUGUGCCUUCUGCCACAAGACUGUGUCCCCCCGAGAGCUGGCCGUGGAAGCCAUGAAGAGGCAGUACCACGCUCAGUGCUUCACAUGUCGCACCUGCCGCCGCCAGCUGGCCGGGCAGAGCUUCUACCAGAAGGAUGGGAGGCCCCUCUGCGAACCCUGCUACCAGGACACCCUGGAGAAGUGUGGCAAGUGUGGUGAGGUGGUUCGAGAACACAUCAUCAGGGCCCUAGGCCAGGCCUUCCACCCAACCUGCUUCACAUGUGUGGCAUGUGCCCGGUGCAUCGGGGAUGAGAGCUUUGCCCUGGACAGCCAGAAUGACGUGUACUGCCUGGACGACUUCUACAGGAAGUUCGCCCCAGUGUGCAGCAUCUGUGAGAAUCCCAUCAUCCCCCGGGACGGGAAGGAUGCCUUCAAAAUCGAGUGCAUGGGAAGAAACUUCCAUGAGAAUUGCUACAGGUGCGAGGACUGCAGGAUCCUCCUGUCUGUGGAGCCCACGGACCAGGGCUGCUACCCGCUGAACGACCGUCUCUUCUGUAAGCCGUGCCACGUGAAGCGGAGUGCCGCGGGGUGCUGCUGA